AAUUACAGAUUAUAUCACAUCUUUGACGCGUUUAUACGAAGCAGUGGCAGUGUCUGCUUGUGUCGGAUGACUUUAAAGCACAAAACGAGUUCAUUCCGCCGCGUGAAGCCGCUUGUUUUUAGUGUCCAGUGCCCUUGUUGUAGAUUGAGUUUUCUCCUUCCUCUCAGCUGCCGGUGUUUCUGCCUGGUGGAUCAAGGCCGUCGCCGCCGCCGCACAUUGAUCUCUUCCUCCGGUGCUCAGACUUCCGGAAGAAUCCGUCUGGGACACGGCGGCCCGUGACCCGGACCUGAUGCCCGCCGCCCGUCCGCCUGUCCGCUCAUCCGUCCGCCCGUCCUCCCCCGCCUCGCCCCCGUCUCCUCGGAUCACCGGGCCUUGUCUUCUGCACCGCAGCCUCAGCUUCAUGGGCCAAUCAGCAUGAGGCUCCACAUCAGGACCCUCCCCUCGCUCCUCCGCCUCCUGGAGUCCCCGCCGUGCCAUCGCCCGCUCCGCCGCUACCUGUCGGGCCUCUCGGCCAAUGGCAUCGCGGCGUCCCGGAGGCGCCUCAGCACGGACGGCCCCGCCCCCCGGCCCGUGAUCGGCCAGGACUCGGUGGAGGUGCUGGGCGCCUCGUACCCGCGCGACGACUUCACCAACGUGACGGCCAAGAUCCUGGACAAGGUCGGCCGCAACCUGCACAACCAACCCCAUCAUCCUCUCUGGCUGAUCAAGGAGCGAAUCAAAGCGCACUUCUACAGUUCCUACAUCGGUCGCUGGGGGAACCCGCUGUUCUCCGUCCAUGACAACCUGAGCCCUGUGGUGAGCACCGAGCAGAACUUUGACAGCUUGCUGAUCCCGCCCGACCACCCCAGCAGGAAACGAGGAGAUAACUACUACCUGAACAGAACGACAAUGCUGCGCGCUCACACGUCUGCCCACCAGAGGGAGCUGGUGAGGUCCGGCCUGGACGCGUUCCUAUUGGCCGGAGACGUUUACAGGCGGGACGAGAUCGACGCCAGCCACUACCCGGUCUUCCACCAGAUGGAGGGAGUCCGGCUCUUCACCAACCACGAGGUGUUCUCCAAGGUGCAGGACGGACACGAGCUGUCGCUGUUCGAGGCCGGAGGGCGGCGGACGCCUCAGAAACAGGAGACGCACUCGCUGGAGGCCGUCAAGCUGGUGGAGUUUGACCUGAAAAACACCCUGACCCGCCUCAUCACCUACCUGUUCGGAGACGAUGUGGAGGUCAGGUGGGUCGACUGCUAUUUUCCCUUCACACAUCCCUCCUUUGAGAUGGAGGUGCGUUUCCAAGGUGACUGGAUGGAGGUGCUGGGCUGCGGAGUGAUGGAGCAGGAGCUGGUGAACUCAGCCGGCGCGGGACACAAGCUGGGCUGGGCCUUCGGGCUGGGCCUGGAGCGCCUGGCCAUGGUGCUCUACAGCAUCCCCGACAUCCGGCUCUUCUGGAGUCAGGACGAGCGCUUCCUGCAGCAGUUCAGGCUGCCAGACAUCCAGCAGCCCGUCACCUUCCAGCCCCUCAGUAAGUACCCCCCCCUCCACAACGACAUCUCCUUCUGGCUGCCGGAGGAGAGCGAGGCGGGGCGAGAGAGCUUCACUCAGAACGACUUCUACGAGCUGGUGCGCUCCGUCGGGGGAGAGCUGGUGGAGCGAGUGAGCCUGCAGGACGAGUUCACACACCCCCGGACCGGGAGGCGGAGUCAGUGUUACCGGAUCGUGUACCGGCACAUGGAGCGAACUCUGACCCAGGACGAGGUGCGCCGCGUCCACCAGCAGAUCGAACACGCCGCCGAGACCGAGCUGGGCGUGCAGGGCCGCUACUGACACACACACACACACACACACACACACACACACACACACACACACACACCACCGCUGUGCCACACACCGCCGCAGGGGAAACGUGUUGAGCUUAAUGCAGACGACACACUGCAGCUUUCCAUGCUGCUGCUGGCGGCACGUGCACACACACACACACACACACACACACACACAGAAAGAGAGUCUGUUACAGCUCUCCUGUUAGUUUUCUACUUGUACUUUUAUAAUCUGCUGAACGAGAGCGAGCGAGCGAGAGAAAGAGAGAGAGAAGAGACUCGCUCGUCUCUGGUUUUAAAUAAAGUUUGCUCCAUGUUUUGGAUUCGAGUGGAAAGGCGACUGUGUGCUUUGGUGCUUUCCACAUUAAAACGGCUCUGUGGUG